GCUUCCAUCUAUCGUUAAGAGAAAUAUGUCUGUACAAGAAGUGCUAGAGAUUGAAGUAGGUGCUACACCCGAAUUAUCUGAGCCCAUAUCUGGAGAACCUAUGGAAGAAAUAAUUGCUGGGAUGAACUUAUUGUCCGAUGAUGAACUAAAAACAAAAUUGAAUGAAAUGUACAAGCUGCAGUGCUCUCCUAAUCUCGAAGUAGCCAAGGAAUUCAGUGAGUUUGCUAAAUAUGUACCAUCGUGGUUACUGAAAAAAAAUUAUGAACAGAAAUUUGACCCUAAGGUUAUUCUAUCUUAUAUUGCUGAACAAAAUUCUGAUAAAAAAGUUAUGGACAGAGAUAUUAAUGUGUUGGUUAAGUUGGGGGUUGAGAGAGGAAACGAUUUGGAAAAAAUCGUCAUAAAAUCAUCACCAGAAUUUAAAUACGAACUUGAAAGACUUAUAAUAAAAUAUAAAUUAGUCUCAGAAGCUAAAAAUUCAAAUUCUGCCUUGACUUUAUCCAGAAUAUGUGAGAGCGUCCCAAUAAUAACAUGCUUAAACCUUAAAAAUGAAGCUGAAAAUCCUUUUGUAUCUUUUGAAACUAUGGAGACUAUUUGUAAAAACUAUCCUAGAGUGAUGAUGACGUCUGCUUUCGCUUAUCUAAUACCAAAUAAAGAAGACGAAUUUUGUCUAUUUUUAAAAAAAGCCCACUUGCUUCAUCAAUACCAGUUUUAUGCUAAAAUAUCGCAAAAGAGUCCGAGUUCCUCAGUUGAUGAUGAAAAUGAAUUAAUUUCUAAGGUGUAUGUGAAUACUCAAGCAGCUAUCAAUGGAUCACACAUGGAGUAUGAUGUUCAAAUAAAGUUUUUAAAAGAAAAUGAAUUAAUCGUGGAAGGGGAAAAUGAAAUAACUGCCACAGAAGAAGUUCAAGAAGCAGUCAAGUUGUGGGACGAAAAAGAAAGACAACACGAAUUAGAACAAAAGUUUUCUUGUGUCGAACUUGAAGAUGACUCGAGUCUUAUAUAA